GCAUGGCACCCACAAUGUCGGAAAGCAAGUCGUUUGACGACCUCCGCGUGCAUCGUGUGCUCUUCAUAGAGGAUCUUCUCACGGUUCCCCGAGUAACUUUACCCCAGCAAAUGUCCCCACCAAAAACCGCGUACAAAUUCGGCUCCCCGUCAUUCUUUUUUCUCCGUGUUCGAGCGGCAGGCAUUGUAGUGGAUACACCAACCGACGCUAUUCACAUUGAUCCUCAAGAUUCGGAGAACAGCAUAUUUUAUAUUGAUGAUGCAUCUGGUGUUAUUGGCUUCCGGAUUCGACCGCAGCUUUUGUACACGUCCCGGGGACAGCGUUUGAAGAAGGGAAUCCAUGUUGACGUUUUGGGCCAGUUGAUGGAGGGACCAAAUACUAUUGGCGCCGAAAGGUGGAUCGAUUGCCAUGGUUUUGACGUCAAAGAGGACCCGAUUAUGGAUAUUAUGCGUCCACUUGUAACCAUCAAAAUAUACCGUCAAGAUUAUUUUUCGGCGAUACCCUCUUUAGGCGGGUCAAAAGUUGAAGAUCAAGACAAGGCCCCAUCGAAUCCAUAUGCCCCAGCGAAACCCGGCAUAGCUCCACCCAUAAUACCAUCAAAGCGACCGAUCGAAGAUGAUGAAUCAGGGUUUCAGUUUGCAACUCAAUGGGAUGUUCUCGAGCCAGCCCCCCGGCCCACACAUCCGGGAAGCGCAGCGCCACCGAAGCUGGCGGAUAUACCAAGAGAGGUUAACGGGGCUCCCGCAAAUCCAAAGGUUAAUGCGGAAGGGGAUGAGGAAUUUAUGGACGACUUUAUGAAUUCCUUGUCAGAGGACAAGGACAUGGGGGAAUUGCUGGGUGCCAUGGAUGGUCAAAUUGGAACAGAUCCACUUCAUGCCGACAUGGAAGCAUUUCUUCGGGAUAAGCCGGGGUCCACUGAAAAGGCGCUCAUCGAGCAAUUUUCGAAUUUUACGCCCAAACAGGUGCAACAAGCAAUACAAAAUCUCGCGACUGCGGGCAUGAUCUACUAUAUGGGUGACGGAUACCACCUUAUAUAAAGGCCCAUAACUGCUUGAGCUUAAGCCAAAUUAUUUAUCGAUACUCUACCCUAAAAAUGCUAGAAUAAUAGAGUCGAUAUCACAGUUAGAGGGUUACAACCAAGGAAGCAUAUACCCUCGACCUGUUCAAUGGACAAAGCACAUGAGUCAGGUGGUAUGGAAGCUCAGAGGGGAAUAGCCCGGGCCAUUGCCUCAUGACGAAAUGUGAUGCUGUGCUGGAUCAAAUUUCAUAAGGAUGCUUCCCGACCGUCGUAUUUCAAAGAUUACUGGAUGUCAUGCGACAGAACAUUCACAUCAUAUCAGCAAUGAUUUGAUCGUAUCGUGCUUUAUUUCCCUAUUUCAGAUCCUAGUUACAAUUUUCAUAAUAUGACGUCCUUUAGUGUUGCUA